UCCAACUCCACGUGGCCCCACCCCGACCUCCUGCAGCGCGCCGUGGACUCCAUCGGAGGUGCGAGACGUAGAAGAAGCAGCAGCAGCAGAAGACGAAGACGCGGCGGCAAUGGGGAACUGUGAAACCGUGGGGCCCAACGAGGCGCUCGUAGUGUCGGGUGGUUGGUGUGGCGCUGAUGAGAAGAAGUACGUGACCGGAGGAUGGUCAUGGGUGUGGUGCUUGGUCUCCCAAGCUCAGAGACUGCCCCUGGAGGUGAUGACGCUGAAGCCUCUGUGUGAGCACGUGGAGACGUCCGAGGGGGUGCCGCUGUAUGUCACGGGGGUGGCACAGGUCAAAGUCAUGACAGACAAGGACCUCCUGGCUGUGGCCUGCGAGCAGUUUCUGGGUCGCACGGUGGAUGAGAUCAAGAGUGUUGUUCUGCAGACCCUGGAGGGCCACCUCCGAUCCAUCCUCGGAACCCUGACCGUGGAGGCUGUGUACCAGGACCGUGACCAGUUCGCGCAGCUUGUGCGGGAGGUGGCCUCGCCUGACGUGGGCCGCAUGGGGAUUGAAAUCCUCAGCUUCACCAUCAAGGACGUCUAUGACAAGGUGGAAUACCUGGCCUCCCUGGGCAAGACGCAGGCGGCGCUGGUGAAACGAGACGCCGAAAUUGGUGUGGCCCAGGCCGAGAGAGACGCAGGCAUCCGGGAGGCCGAGUGCAAGAAGAACAUGAUGGACGUCAAGUUCAACGCCGACACGAAAAUCGCCAACUCCAAGCGAGAAUACGAGAUGCAGAAAGCCUUUUUCAACCAGGAGAGUCAAACCAAGAAAGCCGAGGCGCAGCUGGCGUACGAGCUGCAGGCCGCCAAGGAGCAGCAGAAGAUCCGGCAGGAGGAGUGCCAGAUAGAGGUGGUGCAGCGGCGCAAGCAGAUCGACGUGGAGGAGCGCGAGAUCCAGCGCACGGAGCGCGAGCUCAUCGCCACCGUGCGCUGCCCCGCGCAGGCCGAGGCUUUCCGCGUGCAGCAAAUCGCCGAGGGAGAGAAGAUCAAGCGCGUUCUGGCUGCCCAGGCCGACGCCGAGAGGAUCAAGAAGAUCGGCGAGGCAGAGGCGGCCGCCAUUGAAGCCAUCGGGCGGGCAGAGGCAGAGGAGAUGCGGCUGAAGGCCGAGGCCUACAAGCAGUACGGCAAAGCCGCCAUCACCUCCAUGGUGCUCGACGCCCUGCCCAAGAUCGCAGCAGAGGUGGCGGCGCCGCUGCAGAAGAUCGAUGAGAUUGUGAUCCUGGGCGGAGACGGAAACCGCACCACGACGGAGGUGACGCGGCUGCUGGCGGAGCUUCCUGCCACCGUGCACGCCCUCACCGGCAUCGACCUCAGCAAGUCUCCCCUGAUUCAGAAAAUGGCUGGGGUGCAAGCGUGAGCGUGCGCCGUGGGGGGGGGGGGGGUGAUCGCCGCCUCGCUGGUGCGCCGCCGCCUCGCGCAAGCUCCACGGGCUCGCGCCUCGCUGCAGGCGCGGCGGCGUCCUUGCCAUCGUAUCGUCGUUGGGAUCUUAAGACGGCCGUGUAACUUAAGUGUACUUGCUAACACCUCACUAGCCUGAAGAAAAUACAAAUACUUAAUCAUCUCACCUAUCACUAUAAUCACAGUGUGGAAUACGUCUGGGGAUUCAAUUGUCACUCAUGAUCAGAAUUGCGCCCUCGUGGGCCGUGGCGCACGGUUGCAGUGUGGUAGUUUGUAGCGCGGUCUGAUUUAUGAUUUCCAUGCCCUGUUUCGUGUUGUCCAGAAACAGUUGCUCCUGGUUUUUGUUGACGACCGGCUUCUGGAUCCGAACGCGUUAGCAUUUAACUACUUGCGUUCCACCGUACAUUCGUAACAAACAGUUGCGAAAAUAGGCAGGCAAUUUCACCUUGUUUAGCAGCCGGUACGCAUUAUCCCCCAUGCUCAAACGACGGGGGAACCCUGUUCUUGCGGCAGCCAUUGGUGAGGAGCAGGAUACGUUGCUCAUGGAUCUGGUGUUGCUGAGCUUCUCCACCUCACCGAUGGGCGGGUGCUGAGGCUCGGGCCAGAGCGUUCGUAGGCCUCCCUGUAACCCUGCCGCAAGCAGGACCCCCGCCCCCGCACUAAAGCCGUGUAAUUCAAUCCUCGGUGCUGUUUCGUUUGAUUCUGAUGCUGAUCGACUUAAAAUCCCAGUGUGAACAAAUUUUCUUUAUCUUGCAUGUCAUUUGUUAAACCCACGUGACAGCCUACGGACACGAUAAAAAAACAUCGUUUCAUGGUGUGUCCUUUUUUACUUUAGUUUUAGUGAUUUUUUAUAGUUUGCAAAUAUGUACUAGGUCAUCAUGAUAGUUUCACACCGAAUGCGUGUCACAGAGUGAUCACUCUCCACUGAGCCAUCUACAUAUCAUACCGGGUGUCUUGUCAAGUCGGAAACAUUUGCAAUGCUGCGCGUCGUGUCGCACUGCACGCCAACGCUGCGCGGCUCCCCCGGCCACCUCCAGUGUCGCUCCUCCAACACGCCGCCUCCGCUUCUCGGUGUCGCACCGAGGGUGGCGAGGGGGGUUGUUGGGUGGCAGGUGGGUGUCCCGCCUCUUUGGCUUGAGAUUUUCUCGGUUUUGUUUUUUAUCGUGAUAGUGCUGGGCAUUUUAUUUAAAUUUUAUUAAUUUAAAGCCGAAGAAGCAGACUAUAUGUCCAGGUCCAGUGAAUUUGUUAACGCUGCGGACAGUUUGAACGUUUUAAAUAUAACAAAACAAACGGGUUAUUGUUCAUUUUUAUAGCACAGGCCCUUCGCUUGUGAAGGUGCGUUCCGUUCUUCUAACGUUCACUGGCAGUGUUACAUUUGAAGAACUGGGGGGGGGGGGGGGGGGGGGGAGGGGUGGUGCUCCCCCGAUGGCCUUGUGGUGGUAUGGGCUGUGCAGCGUUGGGUGUCCAGUGGCUCGCACCGACGGGACAGAACAUGUUUUAUGCAUUUGUGGUCUUCGCGACUUGGCAUUCGUGGAUAUGAACCUAUUCUCUUUUUACUACGUUUGUUUUUUCUUUUCGGGAACGUGAAGUUGAUCCGAAGUUAUGUCACACUUCUGAUUGGUACUUUUCGUAUGCAAUUGUCUUCGUUAUCUUCAAUUGUGUUCAUCGUUUGCGUCGAGAUGGCAAGAAAAACGCUACGUGGUUGACGGCCAGCUGUUUGCGUCACUUGCAUCGCAUGGAUCCAUUGAGAACGCAAAAUGCAGCCGUUAACCCUGCAUUGUAAGACUAGCAUUUCCCAUUUACGCUUGUAACAUACACAAUCGGUGGCCUUUAACAGAGUUCUGAAUGCAGUCGCAAACGUGAUGGCGAUCGCCUCUGGUUCCACGCAGGGGACCUCUUAUGCUGUUACAACAAGAAACCCCAUCCUCAUGGACUGUGCUUGGCAUCUAUGGAUGCACCUGGCAUUCUCUGUGUGUUGUUGAUUUUAUCGUCAUAUAUAAAAAAAAAUUCCUGGGAAUUUUUUUUCUGGGGUCAUGAUUACAAUAUUGCGCGUAACAAUCCGCAGAAAAACAGCAAUGGCCGAGAUAAAUAAUAUUCAGGAUAUUAGAAAUGUAACAAAAUGCCUCUGAAAAUGGGGUCCCUGCAGUGUGAGGCGUUCACUGAAGAAAAUUGAUCGUUGACGCAAGGAAAUAAGCCUGCGAUGACUAUUUGCGGUGUUAUUUCAACCCAAAGUAAAACUGAUGUCAAAUUAUAAUAAAUCACUGUCAUUGUAAUAGUCGAAGCUUUACUUAAAAAAACAACCGUAUAAAAGCUCCCCAGAAAUGUUUUUUCCCAGGAAUAUUUUUUCGUGGAUAUUGUUAAGUGUUACAAUUCGGCGCUAUUAGUUAAUCGGUUUCUUAUCUGCAUGAUGCGUGCGUUUGUCAAUUUUUUCUACAACAGUGACCUGCCAAGGCACCCGGUGAGUGCGUUCACCUCGCUCAGUCGGUGACCUUUUAACCUUGAGAGUCCAAUGAAACCAAAGCCCCUUUGCAACGGAGGCCUCGUAAACCUACAAGGAGAGAACUCUACGAAAUACAAAUGCUCCAUUUUCGUUGCUUGCAUGUAUUAAGAUUACUUAUGUGACACAUCUACAUUACAGCUUGGCCGCACAUUGAGACUGACACGCAUAUGUAAUUAACUCUAAUACAAGGAGGCUUCAGAGGGCGUGGAGAAUGAUAAAACAUCUCCCAUGACAUCUUACUAUGCCCCUUACAUCGAUGACGCUACACCAGACGGCACCGUCUCCUCACCCACGUGGUGCAGCAUACAACACCGUCGCCUCACCCACAUCACGAGCCCCUCCAGUGCCUUGUGAUGGUCACACUGAAAGGCCGUAAUACUAGAACUGAACUUUUUAUUUGACCAGGUAAGGCCCACUGAGCUAUACAGUCUGGCUCUGUUUUUAGAAGCGACCUGGCCACAAAUGAUAGCUCGACGUAGUCACUUAUGUGGACAUUUAUAACAACUAAAUACUCGAAAUGCGUGAUGUUGAUACUAAAUGUCGUGGGGAAAAAUCGGAGGACCCGGAGAAAAAUCCAUGCGACCACGGGCAGAACAUGCACUGCAGUGGGACUCCUUGCAGCCGACUGACCCCUCUUGUCCAUCAAUGGCUUUCUAUACCCCCAUGUGUUGGCAGCUGCAUGCGUUAUGUUAUGAAGGUAAAAUGUGCGGUAAUACCCAUAUAUCAAGAAAUGAAUAAACCAUACUGCAGUUACUAA